AUGCACAUGACCUUCUUCUGGGGCAAAGAUGUAGAAAUAUUGUUCAACGACUGGCCUAAUGGCAAGUUAGGCAUGUAUAUUUUGGCUUUAGCUUUUCUGUUCGUUCUUGCUGUUGCAAUUGAGUUCUUUUCCGUGUUCACAACCAUCAACUCAAGACCAUAUACAAUUGUCGGUGGUCUGACUCAGGCUUUUGUUUAUGGACUCCGUAUGACUCUUGCAUACCUUGUAAUGUUGUCUGUGAUGUCAUACAAUCUUGGUGUUUUUAUUGUUGUGGUAGUGGGACAUACCACCGGGUUUUUUCUCAUGAAUAAUAGUAAUGUCAUUUUGUGGGAGACUUACCCUAAUCAAAGCCGUUCUCAUAGUUUACCUACAUACUAUUUCUCCUUAUUCAAACCACCUACCUGCGUCAUUGACAACCUUGAGAAAAUCAGAAGAAGAUUCCUCUGGGGUGACUCGGAAAACGUCUCCAAGAUCCAUUGGAUCUCUUGGGAUAAAGUGUUGGCCUCUAAACAACUGGGAGGACUUGGUGUGGGCUCAUUAACAGCCCAAAAUGAUGCACUGCUUCUCAAAUGGUGGUGGCGUCUUAAAAAUGAAGAUCAUAGCUUAUGGUGUGAAGUGAUCAAGUCAAUUCACAACCUUCACAACAACAAAUCCGUAACCCAAAUUGCAAAAAAUCUCUCAAUGGUACUUGGUGUAACAUUGCUAAGGUCUCCGAUCGCUGCUACUGCUGCUCAUCGGAUCCCGUUCUCUGAAUACAUCCAAUGA